AUGUUUGGAAUUGGGCCCAUGCUGCCGGUCAUACCAGCCGUAGAGAACGUGGAGCGCUCUUCAAAGAAAGUGUGGAAGCGCAAGAACAGACACGAUCAAGGUACCGAUAGCCACGAGCUGGCAGUGAUCAGGUUACCUUCGACAAUUAAGACGGAGACUACUCUCAUUGAGUUUGAUGAAGAGUUUGCGGUCAAGCAGCCUGAACGGGUGCCGCAUCACCAACGUGAUCUAUCGCUUACUGUGCAUUGGAGACAGGAGGACCUCGAGCGCAUGGCAAGAGAGCUUAACGAUGGAGUGAUCUCAGAUCUUGAUCUUUCUCUUUUCGUAUUCUGGGUCAAGGCAAAGCAUGGAAAUUAUCUCUAUGCAAAGGAGCUCAUCCGUGAGUUGGCAUUGGAUCAGGGCUACAACAUCGACAGAAUCUCGAAUGUUCGUGUGCGCAAGUUGCUGCAAGAAGUACACGAUGCUCGCCCAAGGUCUGUACCCGGCAAAGGCCCUUCGCUCCAAUUAUCUGCAACAGAUGGCUCACGUCAAGACUGGCGAAGGAGCCUUGCUACCGUUCUAACGCCGGUCACAGCGCGUGGCAAAGUCUGGUUUGCAGCAGUUGGCGAAUCUGCAAAGACAAGGUCUAACAAGUUGAACACCAGGGAUCCACAACACACCUCAACAUGGGAUAGUUCAUUCCAGAACCAGACAUGGCCUCCAGAUAUGCGAACGAUCGACAACAUCCGAGCAGUCACUUCACCGCUAACUGCUAGGAUGGACAGUCUGCCUCCUUCACUGCGGCUUGAGCGAGAACGCGUUGUACAAGAGGCUGCUAGGGUCUCCAUAAUCUCCAAUGACACAGUAGACUAUCCACCAAACACGCCGGACCGACCAGCACCGCUCAGCGUAAAGUCGCGAGGCUCUCGGGCGAGCAGCGCCACACCCCUACCAAACGCAAUCCUGCGCUCGGUCUCUACACCUGUCCGUACUCAACCUCGAGGGGAGCUGGUACCGCUUUCCCCGGUCAGGGCUGACGUCAUGAUGGGAGACACCGAAACGUUAUCUUUUGUCUCGUCGUUCUCAACCACUCACAGUACUCUCUUCACUGACAAGCUGAAUAGCAGCAAAGCCAAACAUCACGGUACGAACAAAAGAUACAUGUACAAAAAUGCCGAUGAUCAUCACCAUCGGGGCCCCUUCCAACUCGAUGCUUCGGACGCUGCAUCUGAGUCUGGUUACGGGACUUUCAGUAGCCUUAUGCGGAAGGACAAAGAUCGUGCGAGUGGUGGUCUGAGUUACGACGGUGUUAUCAUCGGAGAUGGUUCAUUCGACGCCCUUGAAUCUUACAUCGGAACAGAAGAUGAAGAGGAUGAUGACUGUUCAAUCCUCGAGUCAACCUCGACAUUGAGUGAGCUCCAAGCUCAGACGCAGUACAGAUACGCAGUGGAGAGGCCUAUCGUCGAGUCAGUGAUCGCAGAAUCAGUACCUACACCGUCGCAACGCCAUGUUACUGCAGAAGCGCGUCAUAAGUCUCGGGUGUCAAACGUUCUUUCACCCGGAAUCAACUUCCAUCGUCCUCUACCUCUAAGAAGCUACGAAAGCGAGGCGACUAUGUUCCCUACCGCCAACGCCCGCGCAAACUCAGGUCAUAACCGAGCCACGUCGGUGACCAGUAUUAUUGCCAGCAGACGAGCCACGACGGAGACCAUGCCUCUUCCACCUCUACACAGCUCAGUUCAACCGCAUGACAACGCCAAUCUUGAUGAGCAACAGGGUUGUGAAAGGGGCAACUCCCACACCAAGAUUUCUGAUCAAGUGGGCGAGGAAAGAGUGUCAGUCUCGCAAUGCUCAUCUAAUGCAUCAACACUCGCUGCUUUCCCUAUCCCGCCGAUGGAAAACCCUGUCGGAGAGCUUCCCAUGCUCGUUUCUCGAGCUAUGUCACAACUUCAUACGACAGCAUCACAACUCUCUGUAGCUCCAGCUCUACUCGACGACACCUACCGUGCUAUCAUCAAAGUUAACAUGGACGCUCUUCUCCAACGCACUCGAGCUCGAGGAGAACAGCUUCAAGUCGUCGAAUGGGACAAAUUGUCUAGCUUUGAGCGAGCCUGGCGCGAGAUGAACAACCUUGUGCUCGUUACAGUCUACGGAAGAAACGACAUCGUUCUGUCAAACAGAGACGUGAAGUAUAUUGAUUGUGUUUCAAGAGAGCUUCGCGGCGGUGCGAACAACGACGUGCCCUUCGACUGGGUCCGUCGCAUGUUCGAAGGUGACAUCCAAUAA